AUGCCACGCCGUCUCUGGGUCGACCGAGAUGCAGAACAAGAAGUGGCUGACAUCAUGUUUUCCGACCGGCCCACCAGCCCCGGAAAGUCGUCUUCACGUCCCCAUCCUCUCGCCUCGGCCGGACCUCAUUUCCGUCGCACUUGCGACCUACAGCCCCGCCUCACGACCGCCGUCGUGGCAACCAACGCCGAAAUAGGCAAGACGACGCCGUCCGUGGCCCCACCACGAAUCCCACCGCGUCGACUAGCCCCCUUCAACGCGUUUCACCCAACACUACACGGCAUCAACACCAACGCCGACAUCAACGGCGACGGCUAUUCCAGCCACGUGGGUUGUCAGGCGCUUCCACCCACUUUACAUCCACUCGCCCACCUCAUACCUCGCUUCUCCCACAACACCACGACCGAGCUGGCGUCGCCCCGUUCCGCCCGCAUUGCCCAACAGCAACAGCAACAUCAGCAGCAGAAGCAACAACAACAACAACAACAACAACAACAACAACAACAUCAGCAACAGCGCUUCUCGUGCCAAACUCGUCUCUGGGCCCCGCAAGUGGUUGCCUCGGCCGGCGUCUCGUGCUGCUACGGCCCAGCCUAUGCGCUCGACUACCAGCCACGAGUUGACGCCUGUCGCGCCUUGGCAACGCACUCGCUGGCCAACGUCAACGCCAGCAUGGAGGCCAACGCCGAUGUGGACACUGACGUCAACGCCAGAUUCCCCUCAGCCCUGGUGCGCACAGUCGUCAUGCUGGAGGCGCCACGUCAGCCGCGGCCCCAACCACAAGCCCAACCGUGGCCUCGGACCGAGGCGAGCUGGAGCCCGGGCGUAGGCGUGGAGCGCAUUGUUGCGUUGCCGUUGCCGUUGCCGUUGCCGUUG